AUGCCCGUUGCGCAGAUGAUACAGGUAUUGAGCAAUACGCCCGCCAAUGCCAUUGCAACGAUUGAGCUGAUUAAAAACCCAUCCGCAAAAUAUGAUGCGGCCGGUACGGCAGGACUGAUCAAUAUCGUGUCAAAAAAGGAAGUGCUGCACCUGGUGGGGCUUUCAGGCACCGGCAAUAAGAAAACCGGUCAGUUUUCGCUGGGCAUGAAACAGCGCUUAAGCAUCGCGAUCGCCUUACUGCACAACCCUUCGCUGCUGAUAUUAGAUGAACCGACCAAUGGCCUGGACCCGAAUGGGAUCCUGGAAAUGAGGGAGAUGCUGAAAACACUGAACAGGGAGCAGGGGAUCACCAUGGUUAUAUCCAGCCACCUGUUGCCGGAGGUGGAAAAGAUAGCCACCCAUACCGGUAUCAUUCACAAGGGGCGAAUGCUGUUCCAGGGUACCCUGGCUGAAUUGCAGUUGCAGCAGCAAUCACAGGCGAUCACGCUUUUCAGCACCAGCAACCCGGCAGAGGCCAUAUCUGUGAUGCUGGCCAAUGGACUGAUGCCAUCGAUGAAGGAGCAGGCGGUACUGGUACCGGUCACAGACCCGGAAAAAAUCGCGGCGUUAAGCAGGCAGCUCUUUGAGCGGGGUAUUGAUGUUUACCAGAUCCAUACCAUGAGCAAUGAUCUUGAAUCCAUAUUUAUUGACCUCGUAAAAAAUUAA